AGACAAAGGCCAGCGAUGUCCAAGAAAAGAAAAUUAAUACAAUUACGGGGAGGUAGCUGGGGCGCAUGCUCCAAGCACGACUGCUUUGCGUCAUACGUGUUAUUAUCUGUAAUUUUCUGUUAUACUGCAACUCUUCAGAACACGGAAACCUAUAUUGUAAUUCAAUUUAUCGUCUUUGAAAUUGUGACUGUGUGUUCAGCCUGUUCUGCCACUUUCAAAGACUAUCUUAUCUCGAGAAGACUUUUGAUAACCUUCAAAAUAUUUUUGGUCUCUUAUCGCGGUCUAUGGGGUUUCCUAGCAGUUCUAUUAGAGCGGCGGCGGUGCCGUGGGGGGCAUGCGCCGGCGGCGCUGAGGCAUGAGCGCGGCGCGCGCGCCGGAUCCCCGCGACCCACCGCGCCAUCACCGCCAACACCCUCAGGAAUCAUCGCCAACAUUGACGCUUUUUUCGUCAAAGUCGGCACGACUCACCAUCGACAAAUGACAAGCUACAAGCCCUUGGGCUCAGCAGAUUCGAACUAUUCGCAACCAUCGUCGGAGCUGUCGCUUGACGAAGACAAGGAGGCGCUGCGCCGCGAGAAGGAAGCGCAGGCUAUCAAACAGCUGGACAAGGCACGGGAGAAGCCAGUGGCGUUCGCGGUGCGCACCAAUGUGUCAUACGAUGGCACCGUGGACGACGACUCGCCGGUGCACGGCAGCGCCAUCUCCUUCGAGGUGCGCGAUUUUCUCCACAUCAAGGAGAAGUACGACAACAACUGGUGGAUCGGGCGGCUCGUGAAGGAGGGCAGCGACGUGGGCUUCAUCCCGUCGCCCGUGAAGCUGGAGGCGGUGCGAUCGGGGCUGGGCGCGCGGCGCUACCCGCGGCCCGCGUCCGCCGCGCCGCCGCCGCACGCGCCGCCCCUCUCCCGAGGUAGCACCCCCCCCACGCCCGAUGUGCCUUCGUUCGAUCGAGGCGAGGAGUCGGACGGCGCGGGCCGCGGGCGGGGCGCGGGCGGCAAGGAGAAGCGCAAGCCGUUCUUCAAGAAGGCGGAGGCGAGCACGCCGUACGACGUGGUGCCGUCCAUGCGGCCCGUCGUCAUCGUGGGGCCCAGCCUCAAGGGGUACGAGGUCACCGACAUGAUGCAGAAGGCUUUGUUUGAUUUUCUCAAAAGACGCUUUGAAGGCAGGAUAAUAAUAACGCGCGUGAUGGCCGACAUAUCUCUCGCGAAGCGCUCUCUGCUCAACAACCCGUCGAAACGAGCCAUCAUGGAGCGUUCCAACUCGCGGUCCACUUGCCUCGCUGAAGUGCAGGCUGAAAUCGAGAGGAUAUUCGAGCUGGCUCGGACCCUUCAACUCGUGGUGCUGGACUGUGACACCAUCAACCAUCCCUCACAGCUCGCCAAGACUUCACUGGCUCCCACCAUCGUGUACCUGAAAAUAUCCAGUCCCAAGGUGCUACAGCGGCUGAUCAAGUCGCGAGGGAAGGGGCAGACCAAGAACCUGUCGGUGCAGAUGGUGGCUGCAGAGAAGUUGGCGCAGUGCCCGCCUGACAUGUUCGACGUCAUCCUCGAUGAGAACCAGCUCGAGGACGCUUGCGAACAUAUUGCUGAAUAUUUAGAGGCGUACUGGCGCGCGACGCACCCGCCGGUGCCCGAGGAGGCGGCGCCCGCGCGCGCGCUCACUCGCGCGCACAACGCGCACGCCAUGCCUGAUCCCCCCGCUAACACUGGAGGACACCGGGAGAGGUCCGACUCCUAUAGCUACGAGAGGGAAAGAGGCGGCAGGUCCCGCGCGGCGCGGCCGGAGCGCCUGGAGGAGGAGUACUACCCGCGCGGCGAGCGCUGCGAGCGGUACGAGCGCGGCUACCCGCGCGACUACCACGACUACGGGCCCGAGUACCCGCGCGAGCGAGCCCACACCGCGCAUGCGCCGGCGCCGCACGACGCGUACGGACACGACUACACGCGCGACGCGUACGCGCGCGACGAGUACGGGCGCGAGUACGCGCGCGACGAGCGCGAGCGGCGCCGCGACCGCGACCCGCCCGACGACUACGGGCCCUCGCGCCGCGCGCUCAACGCUGUGUAGUGCCGCGCCGCCCGCGCCGCCCGCCUCGCGCCGCACGCCGUGCCGCGCCGUGCCGCGCUGUGCCGUGCCGUGCCGCAUCGCACUGUCCCGCGUCGCACCGUGCCGCACGCCGUGCUGCGUCCCGCUGCGCCGCCGCUGCUUGCGGCAAUUGUAUAAAUUUUACAUACAGAACGUAAGAGGGGCUAAGUUUAGUACCGUUAGAUAUUAUCCGUUUCCCAUUUUUUGAACAUACUCUGUAAUUAUAUUGCAUCGUCUGUACUUCAUUGUUGCAAUCAUUUGUAAAUAAAAUACUUUAUAUCGA